GGGUGGCCCAAGAGUGGUGCCUGGUUAUGCAGGCAGAAACCCCGGAUUACCCUUUGGGGAAGCGUUGCCCGGCCAACAUGCGCUAACCCGAUACGGAAGGCAACCAGAACCAACGUGACUUGACCUCGACCGUCAUACUCUGGACUCUUCUCUGCUUCUUCGUCUGUCAACCUCGCCAAUCUCUGCCUUUUCGCCAUUUCGACACCAGCGGCAGAGCACCUUCAGCAACAAUGAGUUCAGCAAAGCCCCCUCAGCCGUCCCUUUUCCAGGUUUACCUCCGCCUGCGCCCUCCAAUCUCGCAACAACAGGAUGACCACGUUGAACGUUGCUUGACGGUCGAUACCUCGGAGCCAGCGAAUCAGAUUCCGUCGGGCCCUACUCAGAUCAUUCUUCAGCCUCCCAGUGAUGUCAGGAAGCGUGCUGUGGAGAAGUUUGGCUUCACCAAGGUCUUUGAGGAGUCUUCCUCUCAGCUGAACGUCUUCGAAGAUACCGGGUUGGAAUCUAUCAUCAGAGGUGUCCUUACCGAGGGAAGAGAUGGCCUUGUGGCUACGCUGGGCGUGACCGGAAGUGGAAAGAGUCACACAAUUCUAGGAUCAAAGACUCAGAAAGGUCUCACUCAAAUGAGUCUCGACGUGAUCUUCAAGUCCUUGGAAUCUACGAUCAAGCCGCCCGACAACUCCAUCAACCCUCUCCUUCUCUCGACUGUCUCUGCGUCGGACCCUUGCGAAUCCCAGAUGUUCACAGCCCAGUCGUUCCUGGAAGCUGUCUACGGUGACCCUGCCGAUCGAGGCCGCAACUCUCGAGCCCAAACUCCCAUGAGCUCGGGAAGAGCAAACACACCUAUGGCGGAACCCACGCCCGCGAUUAUCUUCCCUCGUCGAAACUUACCCCAACGUUCCAACGCCUUGCCACGAUCCCCGGACGUAACCCACCUCACUGUGGACUUGAACCCUCAUUCGGAGUAUAUUGUUCUGGUGUCGAUGUACGAAGUGUACAAUGACCGCAUCUUCGACCUCUUGUCGCCAGCCAUCGUCCCCGGCCAGGGCAGCACCAUGUCCCGUCAAGGCGGAAAUGCCCAGAAAGACCGAAGAAGGCCCCUGUUCUUCAAGUCCACGGAAGGGUCUCCUGACCGAAAGGUUGUUGCUGGUCUGCGCAAGAUCGCCUGCAGCACCUAUGAAGAGGCCCUGGCGAUUCUGGAGGUCGGUCUGACCGAGCGUAAGGUCACAGGGACUGGUGCCAACAGCGUCAGCUCACGCAGUCACGGAUUUUUCUGCCUUGAAGUUAAGAGAAGAAUGCGAAACAAGAGAACCGGCGAGGAAACCUGGAUUGGAAAUACACUCACGGUGGCGGAUCUUGCUGGUUCUGAGCGCGCGAGAACCGCAAAGACCGCUGGAUCUACUCUCGCUGAAGCAGGCAAGAUCAACGAAAGUUUGAUGUACCUGGGGCAGUGUCUGCAGAUGCAGAGUGAUAUGCAGGACAAGAACAAGACUGCGAUGGUGCCAUUUAGACAGUGCAAGCUUACCGAGCUGCUGUUCUCCAACUCCUUCCCGUCUAACCAAUCGUCGGGACCUACUCGUCAUCCCCAAAAGGCCAUCAUGGUAGUCACAGCUGACCCUCUGGGCGACUACAACGCCACGUCGCAAAUCCUGCGCUACUCCGCUCUCGCUCGAGAAGUCGCAGUGCCUCGAGUCCCGUCUGUCGCUGAAUCCGCGCGUUCCAGCUCUGUCGAGUCAUACAAGUCAUCUGAACACGGUCGCAACUCUCCCAACAUGGCCGCCAGUGAAGAGCUCGAAAGCGCCCUGGCUGAGAUCGAACGGCUCACGAAAGAGAAUGGCAACCUGACCAUGAAGCUCGGCGAGGAGGAAAUCAUGCGCGCCGAGUUGGAAAUGAAGCUGAGUGCUAGCGAAGAGCAAUGUCUCGAGAUCGAACAAGAAGUUCGUGAAGAGUGCUGGGCCGAAAUGGAUCAGCGCAUGGAAGAGGAGAGGAGAAGAUGGCAGACUGCCUUGGAAGAGCAGGCCGAUCACAAUGACGAACAUAUUGACAAGAAGAUCGAGCUCCUGUCUCGGGGCUUCCAAAUCCACGAAGACCCACCCUCGUCCAGAGAAGACCGGACCGAAGAGCUCGAAUACGAGAACGAGCGUCUCCGCAGCAAGAUCGCCGCCCUGGAGCGUGAACUGAACAGCCAAUCUCCCACGAAGAAGUCCAAGGCUAAAAAGCCUCUCGAGCCCACCCGCACCAACGCUCUCGGCCGCGAAAGCGACAUCGAUCAAGCGCUGAAGAGAAUGGACCAGUUGAAGCUGGCCGAUAGCAUGUUUUCGCCCGCACAGCCAUCCACUGGCUCUCCUGGGAAGAAGCAGAGAAAGAUGGCCACCCGGAGAUGGGACUUGGCUCCGGAGGAGGAUAUUUAGAUUCUUGCUCUCCCUUUUUCUUUUCUUCUGACCCUGUACAGUAUGGGAGGCGUUUCUUGGGGGUUUGAUCAGUGAUACCAAUUUUUGUUUUUAUGUUUUGAUCUUUCUUUAACGGAUUCUUUAAUUUUGUUUGAUCACAUACGAUCCUGCGCUGCUUACUCUCCAUCCAUACGUUGUGAGUGAUAUUGAAG